GCAUUAUGUACAGCUGUCGCCAUCAGUCGAAGUAACCUUCGCGGUGCUAACCUCUAAGAAGUAAAAUAGGUACUAAUUAUCCAACUAGAACUUGCCGUUGAUUUCAAAGCAUAAUGUCCAUCUAAACUGUAUAAAAAGUAAUAGCAUCAUCGACACCUAGAGAUUCUUGGCUGAAGCCCCCUCUAAAUUCCUAAGGCUUGACCUACAUUGCGAUAUAUCUCCUACAAUAUUGUCCUUAUAAUCGAAAUGAGUAACACGAUGAAAGCUGUCGAGGUCAAGGGCGGGAAAGGGCCCGCUACCUCACUCUUCAUAAACCCUGAAACCCCCAAGCCUGAGCCCAAGGAGGGCGAUGCUCUGGUGCGUAUUAAAGCCUUCGGGCUAAACCGUAUGGAUCUUAUCCAGCGCGAGGGACGGUAUCCGCUCCCACCACAAGCACCGUCUACCCUGGGUGUCGAAUUUAGCGGCACAAUCGAGUCGUUCGGACCCGGGCCGCACGGCGACUUUAAGGUCGGCGACGCCGUCUUCGGUCUAGCGUACGGCGGUGCGUACGCCGAGUACAUCGCCGUAAGCUCCAAGAUGUUGCUGCACAAGCCGGAUAGCUUCUCCUGGGAGAAAGCAGCAGCCAUCCCCGAAACGUGGAUUACGGCCACACAGGCACUGCAUCUAGUAGGCGAAUUUACACCGGGUAAGACUGUUUUGUGGCACGCAGGUGCUAGCGGUGUUAGCAUCGCAGGGAUUCAACUCAGUCUUGAUAGCGGUGCGAGUGCAGUCUACGCGACAGCUGGCACAGAUGAGAAAUGCCGGUUCAUCGAGCGCGAACUCGGUGCUACUAAGGCCUUUAACUAUAAGACACAGGACUGGGCCAAAGAGAUUCUAGAGGCGACUGGUGGCAAGGGUGUUGAUCUUAUUAUAGACUUCAUCGGGGCUAGCUACUUCCAGAAGAACCUCACCGUUGCAGCGAGAGAUGCCCGGUGGGUUGCGCUCGGCAUGAUGGGUGGUACCCGUCUCGACGGGGUAGAUUAUAGUAUGCUACUUUACAAGCGAAUCCGACUCGAGGGCAGUACGUUACGGAGCCGGGAUCUCGACUACCAAGGUCGGUUGAGGGACAAGCUGGCCGAAUAUAUCCCUCACUUCGAGAGCGGGAAACUGAAGGUCCUGAUCGAUACAGUCCUACCUAUGGACGAGAUCAUUAAAGCGCACCAGCUGCUAGAGGAAAAUAAGACAACAGGAAAGAUUGUCUGCACAGUACCGUAGAAAAAGCGUACGAAUAAGAUCUCAAGGGUCUAUUUAUGACUGAAAUUCGCAUAACUACUGGACUUUAAAACCU